AUGCGUGAGUUCAAGGUCGUGGUGUUGGGCUCGGGUGGGGUGGGGAAAAGUGCAUUGACUGUUCAGUUCGUUUCGCGACGUUUCGUGGAAAAGUAUGACCCUACCAUCGAAGACUUCUACCGUAAGGAGAUCGAAGUGGACAGUUCCCCCUGCGUCCUUGAGAUCCUCGACACCGCCGGCACGGAACAGUUUGCCAGCAUGAGAGACCUAUACAUCAAGAACGGACAGGGUUUCGUCGUCGUGUACUCAAUCACGAACCACCAGACGUUCCAGGACAUCAAGUCGAUGAAGGAACAGAUCGUGCGGGUGAAGGGCACCGACCGUGUGCCGAUCCUCCUGGUCGGAAACAAGAAAGACAUGGAACAUUUGAGGGAGGUGGACGGUAUGGAAGGCUAUACACUGGCACAGCAGUGGGGUUGUCCGUUCCUGGAGGCAAGUGCCAAAAUGCGCUUCAACGUCAAUGAAGUCUUCGCCGAGAUCGUCAGGGAAAUGAACGUCACCAACACGAAGAAGGAGAAGACAUUCUUCUGCUGUGCGGUGCUCUGA